AUGUGCAGUGGUAAUGCCCAACCCCUACAACAUUUAGUGUCCACGACCGAUGCCCAUGCAUAUAAUGUCAUCACAUGCCAGCAGAUUUUGCUGUAUAGUCCUGUUUGGCUCCUUGCACUUUUUACCCAUGCAGGGAGGCAAGUUCAGGAAAAAGUCUCACAAGAUGGGACUUUGUCAGUAGAAUCAACUGUGGCAGUCCCUUCUCCUAAGAUAGACAUCCCAGAUGCUUCUUCAAAAAUAUAUGCAAUUGUAACAGAGUGUGUUGAAGAGUCUGAUGGCCACCUGCACAUAUUUAUACCCAGUACUGAUUCAGAAAAAGGAUCUUCCAGAGACAGUAUGGCAGCAGAGUCAUUAGAUGACUGGAAAUAUUUUGAUGGUGGUGGUAGUAAUGACCCAUUGGAAGUUACCAGCAUCUCAUCAGAUAUACCGAAGGAAGUAGCAAAUAGCCAUGAAAAUGCAUCCAGAUUGUUCUGUUCAGCAGACUCUUCAACUCCCGAAGGGAUUGUCAUUAAGCCAAACACAUCUCAACACCAAGAUAGUGAUGUUCCGGAUAAAUUAGAUACUUUUACCUUCUGA